CCCAGGAGCGGAGAGAGAAAGAGAGAGGAAGGAAAAGUUUGCCAAAUGGAUUUCUCUGCCGGAGUCAGACCUUUAUUAUUUUCAUAUGUACUCAUUAACGGCAUAUUAAUUACUUUACAGACUAAAGAAGAGGUGCUUUUGGACAUGAGGGCAACAGGAGGUGAACUGGGCUGGCUGACAUGGCCCUUAGAUCAGGGAGACAAGCCUGGGUGGGAGGUCACCCAGAAGUCCCUGAAUGGCUCUCAGUUCUAUACGUAUUCCGUCUGCAAUGUUGGGGAACGUGAGCAGGACAACUGGCUGCGCACCACCUUCAUUCAGCGGCGUCCAUCAGCUUCCCGGGUUUUUGUUGAACUGCAGUUCAUUGUGCGAGAUUGCAACUCUUUUGAUGCCACCUCGCUGACCUGCAAGGAAACCUUCAACCUCUACACAUCUGAAUCAGACGCAGACGUGGGCACUACUUUCCGCAAGGGCCAGUUUAGGAAAGUGGCCACCAUAGCGCCUGAUGAGAUCACCAGCAAAAAUGACCUGCGCAUCAACACUGAGACGCGAGUGGUGGAGAACCUGUCUCGAAAAGGCUUCUACUUGGCUUUUCAAGACAUCGGAGCCUGCGUUGCUCUCCUCUCCACCAGGGUCUACUACAAGACAUGCCCAGCCACAGUGCAGAGCCUUGCAUCGUUCCCUGAGACUGUGGCCGGAGGUGGUGAGAACCAGGCACUGAGGGAAGUGAACGGGGAGUGCGUGGAAAACGCCGUCAGCGAGGAGCUGCCUCGCAUCUACUGCACUGUGGAUGGGGAGUGGGUGGUACCUGUUGGACAGUGCCAGUGCAAACCAGGUUAUGAAGAAGUCAACGAUUCGUGUCAAGAAUGUCAGCCUGGCUUCUUCAAAGCUGCAGCAUCCAGUGACAAGUGUGAGCAGUGUCCUGCCAACACCCAGAGGUUGGACUCUGGUGCUCUUCUUUGUCCCUGUGUGGAUGGCUUCUACCGGGCCCCAACUGACUCCCCUACUGGACCCUGCUCAGGCCUCCCCUCUGCCCCACGAGACCUUGUGGCCACCACCACCCAGCUCUCCGCAGGAAAACUCCUCCUCUCCUGGAGCCCGCCUGAAGACACUGGAGGUCGAACUGACAUCACCUACAGCGUUGAAUGCCAGCGAUGCGAGGGCAGUGUGUGCCAGCCCUGUGGAGAGAAAAUCCGCUAUGAACCGGCCAGCACGGGGCUGACCGACACCAAGGUUUCAGUGAGUGAGUUGGAUGCUCAUCUCAACUACACCUUCAAUGUGGAGGCACACAGCGGCGUGUCGAUGUUUGCCAGUCAGGCGACAUCGCAGGUUUUUAGAUCACCAUCUACCAACACUCUGACUACAUCGCUGCACUACACAGAGCCCCCCAAGAUUACCACGAUGCGACUGGUUGAGAGGACCUCCACCAGCUUGUCCCUUUCCUGGGAUGUAUCCCCCAGACCACGGAUCCAAUCCCGGCCCAUCCGCUAUGAACUUACCUACCGCAAGAAGGAUGAUAACCUGGAUGUGACUACCUACAUCGUGCUCAUACUGGAGAAGAAUUUUGUGCAUAUCAACGACUUGACCCCAGGCACGGCUUACCUCUUCAGGGUGCAGGCCCUUGGCAGCGAUGGCAGCCCUGGAGGCUCCAGCAUGGAGGAACAAUUUGAGACCUCAUCUGAAGGACGCCUUACUCAAAACAACACGGCAGUCAUCUUCGGCGCAGCAGUCGGAGGCGCGGCCAUGUUGUUCAUAGUGGCCGUGGUCCUGUUCCUACGCAGACGGAAAAGAAACUCCCACACCAGACAAGGACCAGAGGACACCUACUUCGCCAGCUCAGAGCAAUUAAAGCCUCUGAAGACCUACGUGGAUCCACAUACAUACGAGGACCCCAACAUAGCAGUCCUGAAGUUUGCCACUGAAAUCCACCCCAGCCACAUAACCAAACAGAAAGUCAUUGGAGCUGGGGAGUUCGGUGAGGUGUAUCGUGGCAUUCUGAAGGUCCCGGGGAGGAAAGACGUGGCAGUGGCUAUCAAGACGCUGAAGCCAGGUUACACAGAAAAGCAGAGGCAGGAUUUUCUAAGCGAGGCCUCCAUCAUGGGCCAGUUCUCCCACCAAAACAUCAUUCGCUUGGAAGGAGUGGUCACCAAAUGUAAGGAUUUCUUCAAACAUGCCAUGAUUGUGACUGAAUACAUGGAGAAUGGAGCACUGGACAGGUACCUUAAGGACCACGAUGGUGAGUUUCCCUCCUUCCAGCUGGUAGGCAUGCUGCGUGGCAUCGCAGCAGGCAUGAAGUACCUCUCUGACAUGAGCUACGUCCACCGCGAUCUCGCUGCCCGCAACAUCCUCGUCAACAACAACCUGGAAUGUAAAGUGUCAGACUUCGGCCUGUCCAGGGUGCUGGAGGAUGAUCCCGAGGGGACGUAUACCACAAGUGGAGGUAAGAUCCCCAUUCGCUGGACAGCUCCUGAGGCAAUAGCAUACAGGAAGUUCACCUCAGCCAGUGAUGUGUGGAGUUUUGGCAUUGUCAUGUGGGAGGUCAUGGCCUUUGGCGAGAGGCCUUACUGGGACAUGAGUAACCAUGAGGUGAUGAAGGCCAUCAAUGAGGCUUUUAGGCUGCCAGCGCCAAUGGACUGUCCCUCAGCCGUUUACCAGCUGAUGCUGCAGUGCUGGCUCCAGGAUCGCUCCAAGAGGCCGCGCUUCGGAGACAUCGUCAACCUGCUGGACAAGCUGCUGCGGAGCCCAGACUCCCUGAAGACCAUCGCAGACUUUGACCCACGCAUAUCCAUCCGCCUUCCCAGCACCAGCGGCUCGGACGGUUCCCCCUUCAGGUCGGUGUCUGAGUGGCUGGAAUCCAUCAAGAUGAGUCAGUACAGUGAGAACUUCACCUGCGCUGGGGUGGUCACCAUGGAGCAGGUCCUGCAGAUGAAGAAUGAGGAUAUUAAGAACAUUGGGGUGAGGCUUCCUGGCCAUUUGAAAAGAAUUGCUUACAGCAUUUUGGGUUUAAAGGACCAGACCAGCACCCUGAGCGUCUUUGCAGUGUGAUCCUGACAACGAAGGGAAUUAAAUUCGGGCACUGAAGCCGGCAGCCCUUUGGACUCCAAGCUAAGCUGGGGCAAAACUGCAGGGACGGCCUUGGAUCGGCAGGACCAAGAAAACAACGCCAUCCUUUGCGGCCGACUGAAUCAGACUGACUUACUGUACAUUUUUGAUUUCUUCAUCUUAUCCACACGGGAAACGAGCAAAUAUACAACAAUAGAUGUAUCAAGUAGACUCUGUAUAUUUAGAUAUCUAUUUUUAUUAUCCAUGCCUUUUGUACAGUUACAAUUCAUUGCUCAUGCAUUUAUUUUUUAUCCCCUUCAUUUUGCAUUCCUGCUUCAUAAAAAUCAACAAUCAAUCCAGUUCUGGGAACGGCUUCAGUUUAACAAAACUCUGAGCUUGUUGCAUGUGGUAUCAAACAAACAAGGGAAGAACAGUAAGUGUGAUAGUGUGGGAGCAGUGGAGUCGGGGCCUGGCUCAGGUUGUGGUUGGUGCUGAUGUCACAGCGCCUCCCUUUAAUUGGCACUUUGGUCCAUUUCCUGUCAGACCGAUGAGGAUGGAGUGUUUUCGAGAGGGCUGAAAUGAGCUUGAGCUGGCCCAGAGUUAAAGAGAUGGUGUUGCUUAGGUGUAUAAACACAGACAGACCUGGUGUUGUUACUGGCCUUCUGCUGGCUGCAGGAAUUAAGCUAUAAUCAUAUAAGUAAUGUUAUAUGAAUAAAAAGAGAGAGCAUAUAUGUGAGGUACUCUUUGUGUACAGACUACCCAAAACAUUGGGAUUAAAACGUUUAAUGUAGCACUUGGAUCAAGAAUCUUAUUGUCUUGGUUUGUCUCAGACUUGCAAGAAAAGGGCAAUUACACACAAAAUCCUGAACAAAAAUGAAAUGUAUUGAAGCAUGGGCGUAGAUUUCAGGGGGGACAAAGGGGGCACGUCACCCUAUUUAGAAUGCGCAUUUGACUCCCCAGUGAAAGUAGCGGAGGACUUUUAUUUUGAUGUCAUUUACAUCAGAAAUUGAUGCAAAAAAAAUCAUCAGAAUGCAGGAAAUUUUCUGACAGUGAACCCCAAACCCCCCCUUUUAAUAUUUGUCCCCCCAAAUGUUGAAGCAAAACCUACGCUCUUGUAUCGAAGUGAUAAAUUGUGUGAAUGCAACUAAUUAGAAUACAAUCUGUUUUUAGCGUGCCAGUAAUGAAGAGGCAGAGGGUGAAGUUUGCCAAAAAUGCAAAAGCCCCAGGAAAAACAAAAAAAAAAAGAUUUUAUGAUGAUGAGUCUCGUUGUGCUUGACAUGAUUUCAUACUUAAUAAUAGUUUGGUUUUCAAUUUCAUUGUCUUGUUUAGUUUUGUAGAAGCUAUAAAAAUAUCCAUUCAUGUUUCUGUUGGUUUGAGUAACAUGUUGACCGGAUGAAACUAUAUGCUUUGACAAUUAAGUGCCCGGCUCGUUCCAGACAUUCAAAGACAUUUUAAAGUGCCUGUUUGUGGAACAUUAGAGAGAGUUUGCUUUUGUGUGUUUUAAUGAAGCAGCUCUCCACUGUAGUGGGAAGUGUAUAGUGGACAGUUUCCCCAGUGCUCUUAAUUGAUGACUGCAAAUCAUUGUGUUACUGAUGUACACCUUCCUUUACUUGAAUUUUUACUGUGUUUUUCAAAUGUAUCCAUGAUACUAUUGUAGCUGAUAGAUCCAACUUUGGAAAAGGGAUUUUUUUUUUGUUUUUGUUUUUUGUUAUUACUCUGGUUUACUGGUUGCAAUUACAUUUUGUACAUUUUGUAUGAUUUCACUAUAUCACCAAACUGAUUAUUUUUCUAUGCUCAUCACUUUCCAAAGCGAUGUCUCCUACCUUUGCUGCCUUUCCAAACCUUUUGAGAGUUCCUUCAACAAAAAGCAAACUCCUUCCUUUUUGCCUGUUGUUUUAUACUGUAUUUAAUAGCCUAUUUAUUUUUUACUUUUAUUUAUUUAUGCUGAUAAACACUGAGCUGGGAUUAUAAUUGAAGGUUGUGCUCUCAUUCUCAAUAAAAAAAAAUAAAACCCCUAA